AUGGAUGUGUUUGUAUUAACAGCCUUCUGCGUAACAACAUCCAUAAACUGCUCCCAACCCAAUACAUGGUCACUUCUGGCUGCGCUCCGUGACAACAUCUUCAACAAGACAGACGUGCGUCCUGUCGAAAGCCUGCAAACUCCCACAAACAUCAGCAUCUAUUUCACUGUCUUUGCCAUUCUUGAUGUGGAUGAAAAAGCUCAAAUCUUGGAAACAGCACUUUGGCUGGAGUUGAUCUGGAACAUUGAGAACCUGAGCUGGGAUCCUGAUGAGUGUGGAGCAUCUUCAAUAUCCCUCCCAAGGACCUCACUGUGGAUACCUGACAUUGUUAUCAAUGAAUUCAUGGAUGAAAACAGAGCUCCAGAGUCAUACUAUUUAUAUGUUAACAACAAUGGCGUGGUGCAUGACAGUUUGCCUUUUCACGUGAUAAGCUCCUGCAGCCUUGACAUCUACACCUUCCCUUUUGACAUUCAAAACUGCACGUAUUCAUUCAACUCCUACAAGCACAACAGUCAAGAUGUUCGGCUGCACAUUGGGUUAUCGGUGGAGGAGAUGCUACGGGACUCAUUUGAGGUCAUGGAGACCAGGGGAGAGUGGCAGCUGAUAGACCUGAAGGCCAUCAAACCUCAGACUGACUAUGAAGGGAUUUCAUGGGACACCCUUGUUUUUUAUAUAGUCUUGAAGCGUCGACCGACUCUGUAUGUGGUGAACCUGGUGAUUCCCAGCUGUUUCCUCCUCGCUGUGGAUCUCCUCAGCUUUCUUCUACCCCCUCAGAGUGUGGAUCGCUCCUCUUUUAAAAUGACCCUUAUCUUGGGAUACACAGUUUUCCUGCUCCUUAUGAACGACCUUCUCCCUGUCACAGGACAUAACAUACCACUCAUAAAUGUGUUUUUCUCUAUCUGUCUGGCUCUUAUGGUAGCAAGUCUCUUGGAGACUAUUCUCAUCACUAAUGUCAUGUGUGGCUCUGCUAACUACCCCUGCCUGCCACACUGGGUCAGAGUUCUGUUUCUAAAGCACCUGGCACGACUCGUUGGUUUGGAAACGAAACCCACUGACCAAAAAACUACCGCUACAGGUAGACCUACAUCUAAACAUAAAAAGGACCCUAGUGAAACCUCCAUCCAGCUAACAGAGCCAGGAUUGGAGGAGUUGAGGAAAAUGAGUAGGGAUUUGCUAGCUAUUCGGCAGCAACUUGGCAAGCAUUUAGCAGAGGACCAGUUCAUGGAGGAAUGGAUCCUUUUAGGCCAGGUCAUCGACAGAUUGGUGUUUGGCCUGUAUGUACUCUUCAUCUCUGUCAGCUUCAUAACUAUGUUAGUCAUAUGGCUGCAUUGGUAUAAUCAGUAA